CCAACGGCCGCCAACGGCCGCGGCGCGCGCGCCAUGCCGCGGGCCGCGCUGGUGACCGUGCGGCACGGGCCGGCCCACAGGCGCGGGCUGCCGCUGAACGGCGCCUCCCGCCUGCAGGGCCUGCGAGCUGUCCUUCAGGCAGACGGACAUCAGCUCGUUAUGGAAGAGAUACCAGACUGGAACUCUGUGGAGUUGGUGGUCAACGGGGAGACCGUGUUCCGCUGCAACAUCAAUGACCUGGAUUGUGGAGGUGAUGGAAAGCUGGAUCCACUUUGUGAAGAAGCCAGAAAAGCAGUGUUAAAUGCCUACUGAUUUACAAGGAGACAUCCUCUUUUACCUUUGUUUUCUGUCAGGCAAUUUGCUUACAUUACAAAGGUAUUACAAAUGUCAGGAUACAGUUGGUUCUUUACACUUCUAUGCCUCUUAAAGAAGCUCUAGACAAUCUUGUUAUACCCAUGUGCCAACCAAAUAAGAAUGUACUGCCUUUUCCAGGACCAGUUGUAUGUCACCACCCUGAAUAUUACAAAUUC